AUGAUUAUCAUCUACAUCUUGAGGACCUGAACUGUCAUUCCCUAUGGCACUCAUAUCUGUCCUCUUUUUCUUCAGAUCAUGAUUUAUUUUUAGAUUUUAAAUGAGUGGGUCACGAAAAGAGGCCUAAAUUCACCAGGGGAAUACUCAUUGGAACAUCUAUCAAAUAUCUUAUCCUAUGAUGUCUUUGCCUAAUUGUUGGGAAGAGCUGAGGUGGCAGAGGGAGGAAGAUACUGUAGCAUUAGAUGUUUUUUAGUGCUGAAGAGCUACACAUUGAGUCUCAUUUUGUUGGUUAGCCUCACUGUCCUGCAGGAUCUUACCUGGACUUUUUCCAUCAGUCUCUUCUUUUCAUUCACCUGUUUAAUCAUUGCUAUGCUGUCUGUCUGGCUUGUCUUGGUUUCCUGCAUGGAUUUUCUCCUGUACUCUUCUGCAGAGGAGGGUCUGGAGUUUCCCAGUUUCGAUGGAAAGGACAGAGUUCUUAAUGUCAAUGAGAGGAACUACAAGAAGGCAUUAAAGAAGUAUGACAUGAUGUGUUUGCUGUAUCACGAACCCCUGCCUUCAGAUAAGGAUCUCCAGCAGCAGUUUCACAUGGGGGAGAUGGUUCUGGAGCUUGCUGCUCAAGUUCUCGAAGACAAGGAUAUUGGUUUUGGAUUGGUAGACUCAUAUAAAGAUGCUAAAGUUGCAAAAAAGUUAGGACUGGAGGAGGAAGGAAGCAUCUAUGUGUUUAAGGAUGAAAGAGUGAUUGAGUUUGAUGGAGAGCUCUCUGCAGAUACACUGGUUGAAUUCCUGCUAGAUCUGCUGGAGGACCCAGUGGAGUUGAUCAGUAAUCCCAUGGAACAACGUGCCUUUGAGCGAAUGGAUGAAGACAUACGCCUAAUAGGAUACUUUAAGGGGGAAGACUCUGAACAUUAUAAGGCUUUUCUGGUGACUGCAGAGAGGUUGAAGUUUUUUGCCACUUUUGACAAAGGGGUGGCUAAACAGCUGACACUAAAAAUGAAUGAAAUCGAUUUCUAUGAGCCCUUCAUGGACGAGCCUGUGACCAUUCCUGGCAAACCCAACACAGAGGAGGAGAUAGUGGAUUUUGUUAAUCAACACAGAAGGCCUACUCUGAGAAAGCUUCGUGCUGAGGACAUGUUUGAGACUUGGGAGGAUGACAUGGACGGAAUACACAUUGUGGCCUUUGCUGAGGAGGAGGAUCCAGACGGUUAUGAAUUCCUGGAAAUUCUAAAGGAGGUUGCAAGGGACAAUACUAAAAACCCAGAUCUCAGCAUAGUUUGGAUUGAUCCUGAUGAAUUUCUUUUGUUAACUACAUAUUGGGAGAAAACCUUUAAGGUGGACCUUUUCAGACCCCAGAUUGGUGUGGUGAAUGUGACUGAUGCUGACAGUGUGUGGUUGAACAUGCCUAAUGAUGAAGCUUUACCGUCAGCGGAGGAGCUGGAAGACUGGAUAGAGGACGUUCUCUCUGGAAAGGUCAACACUGAGGAUGAUGAUGAUGAUGAUGAUGACGACGACGACGACGAUAUCGAUGAUGAUAGUAGUGAUGAAGACCAUUAUGGUGAUGAUGAUGAUUAUGAUUAAGUGGUAUAUACAAAAACUAUAACAACAUAGUUCUGUAAUGAUCUUGCCACAGAUUGUAUUGAUUCUGUUAAUUUUAAUGACUGAUGGUUUAUUAAUUACAGAGUUGACUUGAUUUAUUAUAAAACUGUCUGCAUUGCCAGCAAGAGACAUCUGAUAAUGCAAAACAUAUAAUGACAUAUUAUAAUUCUGCUGCUGUAUAUUCAUCUGGAACUGUAAUAUGGCUACAGGAAAUAAGUUGUUCAGUAGUA